AUGCGCGGCGUAAGGCUACGUCAGCUCUUCUUCACUGACGGAGCUGCUGCUGCGACGUGGCCUUCAGUGUUCUCCUGCCUCUCCAUCAAACUAGACUCCAAAAAAACAGACAUUAUUCACAAUGGAUCAAGUAAUGCAGUUUGUUGAGCCCAGUCGGCAAUUCGUCAAAGACUCGAUAAGGCUGGUAAAACGAUGCACAAAACCAGACAGGAAAGAGUUUCAGAAAAUCGCAAUGGCCACAGCAAUCGGAUUUGCAAUCAUGGGUUUCAUUGGAUUCUUCGUCAAACUCAUCCACAUCCCCAUCAACAACAUCAUCGUUGGUGGAUAAAUCAAAACUCCAGGCUUCAAGACAACGAAAUGACAAGGACUACGAAAAACGACGAGUGUUAUUUGGCUGCUUUGGGCGGGAGUUAAAGGGGAGGCGAUUUUUUUUUUCCAUUUUUUGAACAACAUUUUUAUUCUGUUGUGUAAAUAAAAUCAUGAAAUAUCAAA